UCUCCACUUCGUUGAAAAAUUGUGCCACAAACCUUAUUAACCGUUUUUGUCUUCUAAUAAUAUCCCUUACUAGCUUCUUCAUCUUCCUUAGAGAGAAAGAAAAAACACACACACACACACAACACAAAAAGAAUAAAUAAGAGAACAUCAUUGUUAUCAUUAUUGUUAUUAUAAUUGUUAUAUAUGGGGGUCAAUGAAGAUUUGAUGAUGAAGGAUGAUUCAUAUGCAUCAUCAGUAAUGGAGGAAGAGGAUGAUGUUCCACUUCCAGGGUUUAGAUUCCACCCAACAGAUGAAGAACUUGUGAGUUUCUAUCUAAAGAGGAAGCUUGACAAGAAACCAAUCAGCAUCGAACUCAUCAAACAGAUUGAUAUCUACAAGUAUGAUCCUUGGGAUCUUCCAAAAGCGAGUGGAAGUGGAGGAGAGAAGGAAGGUUACUUCUUUUGCAAGAGAGGGAGGAAGUAUAGGAACAGCAUAAGGCCUAACAGAGUCACCAGUUCCGGCUUCUGGAAAGCAACCGGGAUAGACAAGCCGGUAUACUCCCAUGGAGGCGAAGGAACCGACUGCAUUGGACUCAAGAAGACGCUUGUCUACUACCGCGGCAGCGCCGGUAAAGGUACCAAGACUGAUUGGAUGAUGCACGAGUUUCGCCUCCCUUCUGCCACAACCGAAAACAACACAAGCCUACUUGCCAACAACAAGAAUAAUAAUAAUAUCAACAAUGCCGAUGUUGCCCAAGAAGCUGAAAUCUGGACAUUGUGUAGAAUAUUCAAGCGAAAUGUGUCACAAAGGAAGCACACAGUAGACUUGAGAUCACAUUUAGUAACAGCUAAUAGUAACAAGCACAAAACCACUAGAACCCAUGUUGUUCAAUCCAAUAAUAACAAUAUUAAUCAACAUCAAGAAUCUUACAUCAACUUUGGUGCAACAAUCAUUGGCCAUCACCAUUACCAUCAUCAUCGUCAUCAAAAUGAACAGAAGCCAGUGACUAACUACACAGCAUGCAAUAACAACACUGAUCAAAUCCAAAGGAACAAUAGCAAUCAUCAUCAUCAUCAUCAGUUGAACUAUCACCCUUCUUCAGCGGUGGCUACUACUGUGCCACAGCAACAACAACAACAAUAUCAUCAUCAUCAUCAGCUAAUGACGGCUCCAGCUUCUAACAUGUGGAUUAAUCCUUCUGCGAUGAACGAUUUGUUUGCAUUUGAUGAUGACUGGGAUGAGCUUGGAUCUGUUCUCAAAUUCACUGUUGAUACCCCUAGCUUGUAAAUUCAUAUAUAUAUGUAUAUAUAU